GGUUGAUUAAGAUGGCUCAUCGGUCUACGCCGUCAGAGGCUCUCCCGCUCAAGCAAAGGAUGCACGAACCGAGAGAUCCAGACUUGACUGCUGCUGCUGCUGCUGCUGCACCUGGCUCUGAGGCCAAUAUCGACCCGCAUUCUGAUCCGGACGUGUCGCCCUUUGCCGAUCCAGGAGCUGCGAGCGCGAACCCUUUUUCUGAUCCGCUGCACGCGCCUGUGUCUGCGCAUCUGCAGGACAAUCUAGGACACUCGAAUUCCUCGCCGUACGAAGAGGAGUUUACGCAGAUCCCUGGCCCGGAGACGCCUACCCCAGCGCAGGAUCCUGACGAUACAUUCUUACGCCGGCGGCUGAGGAGGAGGAAAUGGAUCAUCGGCGGCGCGGUGAUAUUCGUCAUUAUCACCAGUAUCACUCUGAGCACUACGCUUGGGAUCGUCUUUGGCGGAAGGAGCGACUCGUCUUCCUCCUCCUCUACUCCUACGAAUACCCUCUCCGGCACAGUAGGAGCAGUGACAUUCACCGACCCAUCAAAUCCGAGCACCUACGUUCCCGACAGCAACUUACACAACUCAUUCUACGGGAUAGACUACGUUCCCUUCGGAGCUUACGCGCCAGAAUGCGGGAUAUCCCAGAACAACGUCACGGAGGAUGUUGUGCUCCUGAGCCAGCUGACGACCCGCGUGCGGACGUAUAGCGCCCAAUGUGGGCAGGCGGGGAUGAUCCUAGAGGGGAUCAAGCAGACCGGGGUGCACCUGGGAGUGUAUCUCGCCGUCAACCUGACUAUGAACGAGACGGCACUUUAUGAGGAAACGAGCGCGCUCGCUCAGACGCUCGAGCAGUACGGCACUGCCAACGUCCUAGGCGUGAUCGUAGGGAACCAGUUCAUCACCUCCUACCUCUCGGAACACAAUACCACGGACCCGGCCAGCCAGCCAGGGCAGAACGCAGCCGGCUACGUAAGCUCCCAACUAGCGAGCAUGCGCGCCACCCUCUCUGCGCUGAACCUCUCCCACGCGGUACCGGUGGGCAUCGCAGACGGGGCGAACGUGUUCACUCCUUCCCUGUUGGGAGAAGUGGACUUCUUCAUGCAGAACGGGAUGCCUUAUCGGAGUAACGUAUCUCUGCAGAAUGCGGCUCAGUGGACGAUGACGACCUACUCCAGCACCACUAGUGCACUCUCGAACACGACACACUAUAUUGGCGAAACCGGCUGGCCAUCUUCCGUCCUCCCCGGGGACACGCAGGAACCCACCGCGACCCCGCAAUCCCUGCAGACGUUCCUGGACGGGUUCGUCUGCCAGGCUAACGGGAAUGAGACAGGAUAUUUCUGGUAUGAGGCAUUUGAUGAGCUUUGGAGAGAGGGGAUGUAUGGGGGUGCGGAGGGCGGGUGGGGGGUGUUCACUAGCGAUAAGAAGCUGAAGAAUGUGCUUUUGCCGAAUUGCUCACAUGUAUGAGGCCUGUGAGUCUGGUAAGGAACAGGUGGUCGAGGCUGUCUUCUAAACGCGACAGGAUGGAAUGGUGAUGGCGAGAUGAAUACCUAACAUAAAGCUACACGAAUCUUUCCCUUUCUGAAUUUAUCUGGAGCUGUAUUUUUUCGAGCCGUAUUCUUGCUGCUGUUUGUAUGAUUAGUAUGAUUAGUA